UUUACUUUUGGCUCGAACAUGAUUACCUAAAAGCUAAAUUUUAAUGAGUUAAAUAAUUUCAUUUUAGUGGCUAUGAUUAUUUUAUUGUAGCUAACGAAACAUUAUUUUGUAGUUCGUGUACUUGUAGUGUUUUUUAAUCAUGGCUUCUAAGAAAAUGUUAAGAGCAAGUAAAUUUAUUGCUACAUUAGCUGAAAAACAGACGCCCUGUGCGUUUUGCCAGCGAAUGGUGGAUGAAGAAACAACGUAUGGUAAAUUAUAUCGGAUUGGUGAUAUUCAUUGCCAUUAUUUUUGCGUGUUAUUAUCUUGUUGCCUAAUACAAAGAGGUAAAGACGAAGAUGGCUUAUUUGGGUUCCUGUAUCCCGAUAUACUGGCCGAAAUUGAGAGAAGCAAGAAACAUAAAUGUUCAUACUGCAGUCGUGAAGGUGCUACGUUAGGUUGCAGCGUCUCUCAAUGUAGGAAACAGUUCCACUUGCCAUGUGGGCGGGAAAAGCAAGCUGUGUCAUUAUUUUACGGAAAUUAUAAAUCAUUCUGCAAGGAUCACGCACCGAAGCAGAAAAUAUCUGAAACGAUCAUGGCCAAAGCGAAAGUCAGAAUGUCGAUCAGUAAUAAAAUUAAGCGUGAGAAACGGAUGCAGAACUCAAAAAAAGUUAACAAGGAAAUCAUCAGCGAGACUGAUGGUCCAGAGUCAGUGGAAUCUGUCUGUGUGAUAUGCUAUGAGUCAGUGGACGGGUUCCCAACUAAUCAGACAUUCUGGCCACCGUGCUGUGGGAGGGAUGCGUGGUUCCAUAGAAGCUGUUUGGAGCGAAUGGCUCUAAGCGCCGGGGUACAUUACUUGAAAUGUCCGCUGUGUAACGACAAAGACAAUUUCUACAAAGCAGUUUUGGAUCAGGGCUACUAUAUACCGGAUAGGGAUGCGGCUUGGGAGCUUGAACAGAAUGCAUUCUCAGACAUAUAUGAGCGUUCCGUCGUGUGUUCCGUUGAAGACUGCAAGUGUCCGAUGGGUAGAGAAUAUGAUGCAGAUUCCGGGCCGUGGGACAUCUCGCUGUGCGUGCUGUGCGGCGGCGCGGGCGCGCACGCGCAGUGCGGCCGCGCGCCGCGCGUGUGCGCCGCGUGCGCGCCGGCGCGCCCGCCCCCGCGCGCGCUCAGCGCGCUCGCGCACGCACCGCUGCCAUCACAAAGCGGUAAUGCGCCGAGACGUCGAACGGGUCCGGUUAUGCCGAGUCGAAUGUCAUUGAGACGAACCAAAGCGAGGUCUGCGCUAAAUAUUUCUUCAACAUCAACUGAGAACAAUGAAACUAAAUCAAUAAUUGAAGUCAGCCGUCAAGAACUCAACUUGAAGGCUCCAAAAGGUCGAAUAUCAGAACGGGCGCCAUUAGAAAAUGUUGAGAACAAAUUACUGUCGCCAUUGAAGUUGUUGAAUAAAGACCUAUAUGAUAGAAUAUUGAAUGAGAAGAGCCUUGUACUAGAUCAGAACGUUCUAGAAGAAGUGCGGCACAAGUUCAAACGUCCAAAGCCUUUGGUUGUUAAGAAGAAAAUUAUCAAUGAAAUCCUGGAACGUUUUAUCAAUAAUAUAUCCAAAGAAAAAACAAAAACUAAGGAACCAAUAAGGGAGUGGAACUCACCUAAGAAGUUGCAUGAUGAAGAAACUACUAUGGAGGAAAAUAUUACAAACAUCGAACCAAAGACAAUUGAAGAAAUAAAUCUCGAAUUGAACAAUAUCGAGGUGAAUGAUAUAUCUAAAGAAGUAGAAACAGAAAAUGAGAAUUUGUUGGACGAUGACGAUGACUCGAACAGCACAUUUCAGCUCCCAUCAGAAUUUAUUGCAGACUACAACAGCGACCAAAGCUUGCCCAUAUUCGAUACACCGAAGAAAUUGAAAAAAAUCAACAUCGAGAAUGACUCGAUUGAAAUAUCUGAAAACGACCAAGUAAUUAACGUUGAUCUAAUCAAAACUGAAGGUGAUAUGUCGGUGAACAAUGAAACAAUAGAGAAUAAUAAAUAUGCAUUAAAGUUCAGUACAUUCAAUAAAGAAGUUCUAGAGAAUAAUAAUUUGGAUAUUGACAUUGAAACGUUUAAAAAUCAAUAUUUAAGUGAAGUUGAUAGACAAUUUAAUACCAAACAGAAAGAUAAGGUGAACGAUGAUUUGAAGGGCGAAUUGUGCAAUGCAGAUGAACCGAAGUUGAAAAAACCGCCAAAACGUAAACUACGUACAACCAACAGUGUUGCCAGUAAACGACGUAAAACUACCAAAAUGGUAGAAAAUAAAAAAAACGAGAGAAUCGAAAAGAGUAAACGUAAAUCAAAAACACAUUUGUCUAUUCGUAAUAAAAAUAUAAAUCUAAAAAUUAAAUUUAGGGAUGAGGAGUUGAAAUUGAAAAUAUCGAAACGAAAGAGAAAAAAUAAGAAAAUAAACAAAGAUUGCCCGAAAGUGUUGAGACAAUACGUUUUAAGUUGUAUGGAUAAUGUGAUAAGCCGGCCCGAUUAUGAUGUUGUUCCUUUGAAAAAACAAUACUUAAAAACUGAAAAGGCGACCGAUAAUUUGAAGCAGACGUCAUUGGAUCAUUUCUUUAAAAUUAAACCGCAAAGGACUUGAAAUCGAUCUAUAAAUAAGCAAAUCUAAAUAAAAACUUGGUUGUAGAGUUUUGUGCAAGCCCGCUGGGGUAGCUACCACCCACUCACAUAUUCUACCACUAAACAACAUCUUAGUUCUGAAGGUCGGUGGUUUAUUGGUGAUGCAUGGAAUAAAUCUUGAUUAUGUUUCUUACUGCAUGGGCAGUGGUGAUCUCAUGCCAUCAAAUAGUCCAUUUACCCGUCAGCUUAGAUUAUAAAAAAGCAGGCAAAGGCCUCUCGGUGAAAGUUCAAGAGUUCAUUCAAGAAUGUUUAACUACACCGUAUGAGAGGAAUUAUAAUUAAACACACAAAUUAAUUGAAACAGUAAUAGCCUGUUAAUGUCCCACUGCCGGGCUAAGGCCUCCUCUCCCUUUUGAAGAGAAGGUUUGGAGCUUACUCCACCACGCUGCUCCAAUAAAUGUUUGUAGAAUACAAAUGUGGCAGAAUUUCAAUGAAAUUAGACACAUGCAUGUUUUCCUUCACCGUCAAGCACGAGAUGAAUUAUAAACACAAAUUAAACUCAUGAAAAUUCAGUGGUGCUUGCCCGGGUUUGAACCCACGAUUAUAGGUUAAGAUAAUGCCGUUGGUCCUGUGCCUGAACUCUUUCCGGUCGUGUUGGAUUGCCGUCCCAUCGGAUUAUGAGAGUUAAGGAAUAGAGAGUGCACCUGUGUUUGCGCACACACUUGUGAACUAAAAUAAGUCCUGCGUAGUUGGCUAAUCUCUCUUGAGAGUGGCCGCCGUGGCCGAAAUCGGUCUGAAGGACAUUAUUAUUAUUUAAAAUUUUCACGCGAUGCAACUCUCAGAAUAUCUGUUCCUACAUCUAUUUUCAUUUAUUUUUCUGUGAAAAACUUUUUUAUUCGAACGUCAUUUAGAUUUAAGGUGUUAUAUAUUAAGAAUAGCAAUAACCUAUGU